AUGAGCGCAAUAGUACCUUUUCUUUUAGUUCUCUCUGCAGCAUUGGAAAUUGAAUGUCAAUUGUGUUAUAUGUGUAAUAUUUCACUUAUAAUCAGGAAUAAUCUGUUACUUUUAGGGAGGUCUCGUGGUUCGACUUCAUCUUCAAAUUCUGGUAACUCUUAUGAAUGCGAGAUUGUGCAGCUGACGCAGAACUCUUUCUGUAAGGAAGACGGUAGGCGUGGCGCCAGAGUAUUUACCGUACAAGGUCGUCAUCUUGGUUCCAUAGUCAUAUUGGGGAGCCCUGACAAAAAAGUAGCACAGUCGAUGGAGUUACCACCAUCAUACCAGGAGGCGAGACUUUUCACUUUGUUUUCCGGUCACUUUCUUAAAUGA